UGAAUGUGAAUUUACGUUCCUCGGCGAAAAAUUCCUCAACAACUGAAACAUAUACAAUACAUUGAUCCACACACUGAUGUAACCAGGCAACCACUGCAGGUCUGGCAAUAUUCACGGUACUCUUAUCUAACACGGACAAACUGGUUAAGUGCAGUUCACUUGGAAUACUGUAUAGAAUAUGGUGAAUGUAUUUGCUUAUACUACAAGUGCACGAUGGUGGCAGAGGCGAGCUCUGUUGUUGAUGUUGGUACCACUGGUGGGUCUCCUCACAGCUCUGCACGAACACACAGCUCCGCAGCUACCUCAGAAACCAAAGCAAAUAAUGUUUUCUAGAGAGCGCCACUCUAAUUCAAGACGCAGUAUUAUCUUGUGGACUAUGAUGCGUUCAGGGUCGUCUAUGAUGGGGGCUAUGCUCUCUUCCUUACCCUGUAGCUUCGUCACUGAGGAACCCCUCCGGGAGUACAAGAACUUCAACGAUACAUUUGCCCUCGCUUUUCUGCGAGACAUUCUCCACUGCCGUUUCUCCAAAUACCCGCAUUAUUUUGAAAAAUGGAUGUUUGGCUAUCAGCUAAAUGACUUGAAAAUUAAGGAACUGUGUGAUCAAUACGCAAGCGUGUGCCAGGACGCUGCUUGGACGGAGAGUAUGUGUAACGGAGCUUGUAUAAUGGUGCUGAGGGUGGUGGCAGGAAAACUGAAGCUGGCCACAUCUCUCCUACCGGACUCCACCCUCAGGAGCUACGUGGUGCACCUGGUAAGAGAUCCUCGUGCUCUCCUAGCCUCCAGGUACAGCCUCGAGAAACACACCGAAAUGUUACAAGAGAAUGCUACUUUCUUCACCCACCAGGAGAAGAAUCCAGCAGAUGUCUGUAGAAGGUAUCGUCAAGACUUGUCUAGUGCCCGUUUCCUACACCGUCACUACCCUCACAGAUACAUACUGAUAAGGUAUGAGGAUGUGGCCCUGGAUCCAUCACGUUACGUGCGAAGCAUCUAUAACUUCACAGAACUUCCUUACAUCAAAGUUGUAGCUCAUAAUGUAGCCACCCUCACCCUCGGAAUGUAUGACGACGCAUUUCAAUCGCACCCCUACUCCACAAACAAGAACUCCACUGAGGUCGUCUACCGGUGGCGCACAAGUCUGCCUUACUCCGAGAUGGAGAAAAUACAAGCCGAGUGUCACGAUGUUCUACAAGCUUAUGGCUAUCCAGUUUUUGCCUCCAAGACUGAAUACGAGUCUCAGUUAACUAAAAUUCUUCCUCUUAAAGCAGUCACGUGGUAGGUGAACACUACUAUUACAUAAAUUUUGAACAUGGUUUCACGGUAUGGGUAAAAAAACUGGUGUAAAAGACUGAAAAAGGUAACAUGAGAAUGAUAAGGGUGAUAAAUUUAGGCCAGGAAUAAUUUCAGCAAAAAAAAUUCUUUAACACUUAUUAUACCGUAUACACAAAUAAUAGUUUUAAUUUAUCUGCUGGCAUAUACACGCACCUAGAAUUCGGUGAGAAAUAAUUGUUUAAAUUUA